AUGGGCUGCGUUCAUUCAAAAACACCUAACGUAGAUAAUCCAUAUCUGUGGAACGGAAACCAGACAUCAGAUCACAACAAUCUGUGGAGAACACUGCAUGAUUAUAUUGUACAGAACGAUACCAAAUCAUGUCUCAAACUAAUAAACAGCCAGAGACUAGAUUUGAAUAUCAUCCAUACAGAUUGUUCCAGCUUCGAAGAUGAAUCAGAAGAGUAUAUCUCAAGGACUCUUACGUUCUCUCCAUUACAUCUAGCCUGCCUACUGAGGAGAGCAAAGUUAGUGGAAAUGUUCUGUAAAUAUGGCUCAGACGUCAAUAUCAGAGACAAAUUUGGAAGAACUGCAAUUAAUAUCUGUAUACAGUAUUGGCCUAGAACACAUCCAGGCGAAAUAAAUGCAGAAGAUGGCGUUGCUCUCCAUUUUAGAAAUACAAUGAAAGCUUUGCGUGAUUGUUCAGAAAAAAGUCUCCGGGUUUUGCUUCGUUAUGGCGCAGAUCCACGUGAGGAAAUAGACAUUUUUGGAAACACUCUUUUACAUUUUUGUGCCAAGAAAGGAUUGCAGGAACCAUUUUUAAUUUUAAGAGAAGCAGGAUCAAGUAUAGAAUAUCGCAACACAUAUGGAAUGACGCCACUUCUUUUUGGUGCAACAUUUGGUCCAGAACUAAUGACAGACUAUAUGAUUAGCUUAGGAUCCAAUAAAAAGUCUAGAGACACAUUUAAUAACGGACUUAUUCAUUGUCUUGUACAGAAUCAACAGGUAUCUGAAAAGUUUAUUGAACCUUUUACUGAUGAAAUAUCACCAGACGACACAAAUGCAUGUGGGAAAACUGCACUAAUGUUUGCAGCAAAGAUUGGUUACGGCUACAAAAUUGCAAUGCUUCUCAGAAAAGGAGCUGAUGCCUCAUUAAAGGACGUCAAUGGGAAAUUAGCUUUGUUUUAUUUCUUGGAUAACAACGAACCGGUUCAUUCCCUCAUAGGAUAUCAUUCCCUACUAGUGUAUACCCCACAAAUUUGUGUUUAUGACAAUCUAGGACUUAUUGCACUAAAACUAACGCGAGAUCAUUUGCGACACGUGAGAAAAAUCUUGGAAGCAGAAUCAUUAACACCAACGUCUCUAUAUCGCUUAUGUCUCUACAAAAUGUAUAGCCUGGUUAUUCAAAGACAAGGGCCAGAAGAAAUAAUAAAGACUGUUAUAUCAAACUGCCCAAACAGACUUAUGACAGAUAUUAUAAUGUUUAGAAAAUUUAUGUCACACUACUGGAGUUCUAUAUGGUCUGGUAUUGAGAUGGAAUGUAUUUCAUAA